CCCGCGCCGCCCCCGGCCACAUAGCAUGUCCCGCUGGGCCCUCCAUUACAGCCCGCGACUGCCGCCUCCGGGGUGAGCAGGCGGGAGGGUGCGUCUCCGUCGCACAUAUGCAUACGCAUUAGCCUGAACGUGUCUCCUCCCUCUGCCACUCUUCCUCUCUCGCACUGCCACGGACGCACCCCUCCUCUGUCUGUUUGCUGCACGUAGCUGCACGUCCUAGUCGCUCCUUCUCUCUCUCUCUCCCUGACAGACACGCCGUUCGACGUUGCCGCAGGGUCGGAGCGCGGCUCCGGGCGCGCCGUCAGCCUGCAGCGCGGCGAGCGCUCGCUGUCCAGGGCCUUCCCAUCGCUGGACCUGGAGCUGGACACGGUCGUGGAGGAGCGCUCAUCGGACCCGGACCCGGAGGUGCUGCAGGACCUGUGCUCCGCCACGUCCAUCGACAUCGACAGCUAGCACGAGGCCCCCCCGGGAGCCCCGGGGGACAAGGACCCCAGCAGCCCCAACGGCGCGCCGCCCGGCCUCGGCGCGCGCGGCCUCGCGAACGGCUUCGGCCACCACCACACGGGCGCGGCCGUGGUGGUCCACAACCACGUGAGCACGGCGACCACCCCGGUGGACGUGGCCGUCGAGGACGCCGCCGUCGUCGGGCGCACGUCGCCGUCCCCGCCGCCACCGAUGCCGAACGCGGCGGCCUCGCCGCCGACGGCGCCCACCAGCUUCCCGGGGCCCUUCGGCCCGCUCGGCAGCCGCGGCGUGCCCGGCAGCCCCGAGCCCAAGCCGCUGCCCCCGUGCCCGGCGGACAUGUCCCCGCCCAGCCAGCCGCGCCCGAGGACGCGCUCCGUGGGGCUGCAGGUCCGGCUCGGCGCCCGUACGCUGCAGGAGCGCGCGCCCCUGUGGACCACGCUGACCACCGGCCAGGCACCGCUGCCCCGCUCCGUCAGCUGACGCCUGCAUCGCGCGGAUUCCAGCUCCCAGACGCCGGACUAAACAAACUAGACCCAUCGAGAAAUCGACAUCGAAGCAAUAUCCAAUCGAAAUCUGCUCCACCAAAACUAUAUUAGACGUCUGAAGGUGUCGAUUUUAGAGGGCCAUCUCAGGAUUGACUGAACAUGAAAAUGGCCAAUUUUCCGAUACGUCUAUAUCGGUUUGAUAUCGCGUCGAUAUCGCCAUUUCUCACCAGGGAGAGUCCGUCGUUGGGGUGCGUGGGGUUCGCGCCCGACGGUGCGGUGGCGGGCGCUUUUGUUUGGCCGCCCGUCCGCCCGCCGACGCUCAACUGGCGUCGAUACGAUACGUCAGUUUCGAUGCUGUUCAGACAAUUCUCUCUGCAGCAGGGCGUGGUCACACGCGUGAUAUGCUGACAGACAAGCCGCUGUUACUGACCAGAAGAGAUCUCUGCUCGUCACUGAGGCUUGAAGGACCAAUAAGUCAAGUUACACACGCUGUCCCGAUUUUCCAAGUGAUACUCUGUGCUGAAAUAGAAAAAAAAUAGCUGCGACUACUUGCUAUAAUUGUGUUUUUUGUGAAUAUUUUUAAAAUAUAUAGCGGUAAUAGAGAUACAAAAUGUUAUAAUGCACUCCAAGUAUUUUUAUAGAGAAGGGUGAAGCUGUUGGUGCACUAGUUAUCAAUGAAAUGUCUGUACUUCUGUCCCACAUAAUAAAAUUUAGCAAUCAGUCAUGAAUAAAGUAAAUCCCUAAUCUGA